GUAAUCCAAGACGAGGUGAUUUUGGCAGUGCAAAAGACUACUUCUACCGUGACUGGGUUUCAUACAAAAAUGGAUUUGGAGACCUCAUGAAAGAUUUUUGGCUCGGUAAUGAUAACACUUUUGCAUUGACGAAUGAAAGAAGCAAUCAAAUCAAAAUUACGUUAACUGACUGGGAAGGCAACAAGACUUAUGCUAUUUAUGAUGAGUUUUGGAUAGAUGAUGAAUAUCAUAAGUACGCUGCUCAUGUAAUGGGAUACAGAGGAACGGCUGGUGAUUCUUUCUCUGAUGUAAACGGGGUUGCGUUUAGUACCAAAGACAAAGACAAUGAUAUUCACGAAGGAAGCUGUGCAGUCUCUUUCAAAGGCGCUUGGUGGUAUACAAAAUGUCACUCCUCCAACCUGAAUGGGUUUUACUUGAAAGGGCCACAUGAAUCCCAUGCUGAUGGCGUAGAAUGGCAUGGAUUUAGAGGGCACUACUACUCAUUGAAAGAUACUGUCAUGAAAGUACGUUCCAUAGAUUAUAAAGCAACAGAAAAAGCCCGAACUGAUAUAACACCACAGUAAAGAAAAUCAUGCUUAAAGCGCAGAUUUGGUAAACUUAAAAGUUGUUUAAAAUUUCUAUUAAUAUCCCAGCAUUACGGGACGAAAUGGGUGAUAUAAUCAUUGCUUUUGUUAUCAUUGUUAUUAAAAAGCUCAGAAGACUGUCUUAUUUAGGAUUUUCCUUUUCAAGUUUUCUCUUGCUGUAAUUUAUGUAAACAAUAAAAAAACUUCAUUUCA